AUGCAUGGAGUUCUCAUUUCAGAAGCAACACGGCAGAGCCCGUUUGUUCCCAGCCCGACUCAAGUUCUCCACCCAAAACGACUCAACAAAGACCCAAGGAGACGGACUUCUCCACAGCAUCAAGAUCUAAUCGCGACGUCCUUGAGACUAGGUGGUCAGAAAGCGGAAGAAUCGCCAACGAAUCCUUCUCAAGCAUGUCCGGAAUCUGUCGUGCCGCCUCACCCACCGCCCUCUCCAAAGGCGGUCCUUGGUCAAACAGACGAGCCACCAGAAGUCUCCGCCCGUACAAAAACACAUGAAGAACUUCCGGGAAGCGGUCGCGCUGCUUGCACUGAUCCAAAUGUCACAGACAGCCGUGUUCUGAACCAGGUUCCAGAGCCUGAAUCAAAGAUAGUUACAGAGAUCCGGGACGACCCGCUUGAUCUCAAUGUCCACCACACAGCAGCCGCUGCCGAGCAAGAAAAAGACGAUGUUCCUUCGUCUGCAGCUCUGCUUGACGACCCUUCUCCAGUCGCCACCGAGAGCGAAGUCGAUCCAUAUCGCGAGCCCAAGGCGAUCCCUAAACUUCGACCGCCCGUUUUCGUCUAUCCCCAUAGCGAAGGCAAGAUUUCCCCAAAGUUCCGACAAAGAUUCAGAGAGGUGGUCAACAUAUUCAUGUACAACAUCAGGGGAAGUGCUGAACUGAGAGAAAGCACUCAGUUCAUUGACUACACGCUCCGAAUCUGUGGCCAGUCGCCCGAGACAUCGCACCCGUCCAUCCUCGUCUUCUGCCGACAACGAGAUUUCAAGCCGCUUCACGGCCUGCUUUCCAAUGAUCGCCUGCGGUUUCAGUACAGCCGUAAGCGGUCUUCUCGACGGGACCUCUGGAGUGGGUGGCCGGCUUCGCGAAGACCAGCCACCACCACAGAUCAGAACGUGCCCUUGUUCGACCUGUAUUUCUGGCGCAGCCUGCAACCGCGAGAACUACUCUGGGGUCCUCGGUCAACCGUUUUUCUAGACCAAGGCCCGAGUACGGGGAUCACGUCUUAUUUGACCAUGUGCGGUUCCCUGCUGAUGUCUCCAAAUAAUAUGGAAAAGCGCUCUACCUUGGGCUAUGUAGUACAGUUGGGUCCUAACUACUACGGAGUCACAGCAUCUCAUACGUUCAGGAGUGCUGAAGACGAGCCAAAACGUCCAGUGGCCCGCGGAGAAUCUACGCAUUACGACCGUUUGGCUGUCUCGGCCGAGCACAAUGACACCGUACUGACGUCCGGUGGAUCAACGUACUCGGAUGGCUGGAUUGGCCAGCAAACGGAAAACCUGCAGAUCGAUACUUCGGACGACAGCGAGGAGUAUCUUAUGGACGACGGAGAGUACGAGAGCUUCACCGACGAGGAAAGUGACACUGAACAUGUGAUUGGCGGCGCCAGGAAAAAGAAGGGCGUCUGGCAACUGGACUGGGAACGCAACGAGACCCCUGUCGUAUCAUUUCCCCAGCUUGCAGAACACGAUGUGCUUGGCGAACUUGAUCUGGACUGGGCGCUGGUCAAGCUGGAAGAUGCAGACAACUGGCGGCCAAACGCCGUCAUGGCUAAAAACGGGACCGAUGUCAUCUUCCUGACCGGGUUCGCGUCAGAAUAUCCGGAACGAGAAACCCCCGUUCUCAUCGCGACUUCGGGCGGCGCACAAUUCUCUGGAAACCUCCAUUCGAUACCAUCAGUGCUUGGAGGUGUUAACGGGAGAGUCCCGUCUGUCAUGCGGACUGUCACCCUUGACGGUGGCAAGCUUCUCAGCAAAGGUGGUUCCGGCUCGGUGGUUGUAGAUGCUCUGACGAACCAGAUCUUUGGCCACGUCGUGGCUUCGAACCCACUGGGCGAGGUCUAUGUCAGUCCCGUCAUUGGGCUCCUGGACCACCUCAAAGCUCGGUACCGUGAGACUCAAGUCCGUCUUCCGGAACCACUCCGUACCCUAAGGGACAUGAUAGCAUUCCAUGUACCCCGCAAAAACCCCGCCUUGGUCGACAAGCUGAUUCUGCAUUAUGCCAAGCUUGACGACGCCUAUGCAUCCACACAUCCGCCAAACAAGCUUCAUCAAGCGAUUCACAACGGAGAUGUGGAUUCUGUGAGGCCGCUCCUCAAGCCGGACAUCUACAUGAAAUCGAAAGACCAUCGCGGGGGGACAGCACUGCACGCAGCGUCCUUGUAUGGACAUGCUGAGAUAGUAAAACUCAUUGUUGAGUCGGGAUUCGAGCUGGACCCCGUGGACCAUACAGGCUGGACACCCCUUAACAAUGCAUCUUAUGGUGGGCAUGCAGAAGUCGUGCGGUUGCUUCUAUCGAAGGGCGCCGAUCCGAAUAUUCCCAACAUCCGUACACGAACACCAUUGCACACUGCAGCAACGAAGGGCCACAAGGAAGUCAUGCAGCUUCUGCUUCUACAAGCAGGAGAUAGGCUAGAUGAAGGUGCACGAGACUACAGGGGUAUGAUGCUUCUACACGCUGCAUCACAGAGCGGCCAUACAGAAGUAGUAGAACUACUUCUCGAUCGAGGGACUGAUUUGGAGGUCAAAGAUGCACAAGGAGAGACACCGCUUCACCACGCGUCAAGAGCCGGUCACCUAGAAGUAGUGAGGCUUCUCAUCGAACGAGGGGCUGAUUUGAACGUCGAAGACUUAUACAGAUGGACACCACUGCACCAUGCGUCAAGAAUCGGCCACUUGGGUGUAGUGAAGCUGCUCCUCGACCAAGGGGCUCGUUUGGGGGCAAAAGAUGUCCAGGGAUGGACACCACUGUACGACGCGUCAAGGUUCGGCCACACAGAGGUAGUGAGGCUGCUUAUCGCUCGAGGGGCCCAAGUAGACGACGAAGCUCUAGGCGGGCAAACGCCGCUCGGUUGUGCGGUGGAGGGCAAUCACGCGGGCAUAUACGAACUACUCCUUCAAGCAGGGGCUUGGGAUUCGAAGAGCGCAAGAGAGAAGAGGACAGGCAACAAGAUUCAUCCGGAUACGGACGACGACAAACUGAAAGAGGCAAAGGCAUCGGGCCAUGCAAACAAGCCGGCGCCGAAACACACCAAGUCGGGCAUUGUGCAACAGUCACAAAGGGAUGGCGAGGCUUUUCCCUGA